AUGAAAACAGAACUUUAUCUACUCCCGGUUGAUGGCGUUUUGAUGAGAUCCUGUGAGCAAGAAUUACAAGAAUUGGUUCAACAUAUCGAUAUUCUUGUCAAGAACCGCGAGACCGACUUGAAACAACAAGUUAAGAAAGUUUAUAAACAUUUUGAGAAAAAGACGAAGGAAUGUCAGCAACAGAAAAUAACUCUUGAAGAGAAUUCCAAAAAGAUCCUGGCACUGCAGUCUCAGGUUGAUUGGCUCACAGCAGAGAAACAGAAAGCAGAAGAGAUACACGAGACGCAAGUGACAAAUCUCAAGUCAAAGGCAGCUCUUCUAAGAACCGAACAUGAGCGGCUGCACAAGACAUUCUUGCGCAAGAUGCACAACAUGGAGAAACGCAGCAAAUCUGCUGAUGGACAUGACGACAAUAAAAACCAGCAAAUCCAGCAGCUUACAGAAAAGCUAAAGGAAUGUGAGAAUCAAUUGAAAGCUGUUCAAGAGGAAAAAGACAUCCUCCAGGGAAAGUUUGAAUCCAUGGAAUCUGAAUGCAAAGUUUUACAAAGGAAACGAGAGAAUUUGGAAGCUGCAAACGAGAGUCUCACAAUGAAUCUUGAAGAAUCUGAAAAACAGCGACAGGAAGGCGAACACGAAAUCUAUAAAUUCCGACUUUUGGUUAAGCAGCAGAAUGACGACCUGGUUGACUAUGGUAAAUCUGAUGACCUCCUCAAGAGAGCUGUAAUUACAUUGAGGACCGAUCUGCAAACAAAAAUAGCCACCAUCACCAACCUGCAGUCCGAACUCGAACAGUACAAAGAAGAUCAAGCACAUCGAAUGAAGAAUGACUACGAGAUGCUGGAAACUCUACAGAAUGAGAACCAGCAACUUCAUCAAGAUCUGGUCAAGCAUAAAGAAUAUAUGAAAGAGUAUUCUAGUCUGAAAGAACAGUUAGAGUUAUUAAAGGCCGAGAAAGUUGUUUUGGGGAAAAUAAUCUCGGAUCAAACCGAGAAACUGAAGAACCACAAAACGAAAAUGCAGUUGAAGAUUGAUGAAGUGGAAGAGAAUUUUGAUGAGGUUUGGAUGGCACAAGCCAGGAACGUUGACGAGGAAACAGCAAAAUUAGAAUUACAACUGAUAAAUCAGCAACAAAACAGACAAGAAAAGGAAGAAUUUUACGAAGAAACGGAAGACAAAGAAGAACAAGAUUAUGAUGAUGAUGAAGAAGAAGUGGAAAUUGAAGAAGUAGAAGAAGAAGUAGAAGAAGAGACAGACAAAGAACAUGACAAAGAAGUAGGAGUAGAAGAGAUGGAGAAGGAGAACAAAAGAGUUGAUGUCGACCAUCGGUUAAGUAAAGAAGUUGGGGACAGAGUCCACCAAUCACUCUCAGCUCUAAACAGUGCCCUAAACUCAACUAGUCAAACAAAUCUUCAGCAUGUGAUUGAUGCGAUAGGCAUUGAGCCUAAACCGAAUGACAGUGUGUUCUGUGUAUCACAGAGCCAGAUAAAGGACUUCCUACACAAAGAGCAAAUAUAUCGCAAAGACUGGGAAGACAAUUUCUCCAAAGAACUCCACCGAAUUUGGCACAACACCGAAGGAGUCAUACAACGAUACAUCAAUAGCCUUGAUUAAAUUGGACAUUUCUUAUCAACUGACUGCAGAUGAGACGGAAAAAAUUACCAGAGAAGAACGAGAGAGACGAAGAAAGAUUC